GUGACCUCCCCAUACCGUCUUCCCACAACAACAAGCCAAGCAGCUUCAGCUCUCUGAUCCAGCUAGCUAUAGCUACUGAGCUCCAGAGUCCGUAGUCGUUAACAUCCGAUCGAUCCAUGGCGAUGGCGUCGAGGCCUCUCAACAACAGCGUCAAAGUGAUGCGGAUGCCGGCAUUGAUCAUAGCCGUUGCUGUGCUCGUCUCGGCGGCUGCCUCUGGCGCCAUGGCUGCAGGGCUGGAGAUGGAAUUCUACAGUAAGACGUGCCCUCAAGUGGAGGAGAUCGUCCGCGAGGAGAUGGUGAAGAUCCUCAAGGUGGCGCCGACGCUCGCCGGCCCCCUUCUCCGCCUGCACUUCCACGACUGCUUCGUCAGGGGCUGCGACGGGUCGGUGCUGCUGGACUCGACGGCGAACAACACGGCGGAGAAGGACGCGACGCCGAACCUGACCCUCCGCGGCUUCGGGUCGGUGCAGCGGAUCAAGGACAAGCUCGAGAAGGCCUGCCCGGGCACCGUCUCCUGCGCCGACAUCCUCGCGCUCAUGGCGCGCGACGCCGUCGUGCUGGCCAGGGGGCCCUCAUGGCCCGUUGCGCUGGGCCGCCGUGAUGGCCGCAUCUCAAUUGCCAACGAGACCAACCAACUGCCCCCGCCCACCUCCAACUUCACCCGCCUCGUCCAGUUGUUCGCCGCCAAGGGCCUCGGCCUCAAGGACCUAGUCGUGCUCUCCGGCGGCCACACGCUCGGCACCGCGCACUGCAACCUCUUCAGCGACCGCCUCUACAACUUCACCGGCUCCAACAACGCCGCCGACGUCGACCCGGCGCUCGACAGGGCGUACCUGGCGCGGCUCAGGUCCAGGUGCCGGAGCCUCGCCGACAACACCACGCUUUCUGAGAUGGACCCCGGCAGCUUCCUCAGCUUCGACGCCAGCUACUACCGGCUGGUGGCCAAGCGCCGGGGCCUCUUCCACUCCGACGCCGAGCUGCUCAGCGACCCCGUCACCAGAGCCUACGUAGAGCGCCAGGCCACCGGGCUCUUCGCCGACGAAUUCUUCCGCGACUUCACCGAAUCCAUGGUCAAGAUGGGCAGCGUCGACGUGCUCACCGGUGCGCAGGGCGAGAUCAGGAAGAAAUGCUACCUCGUCAACUAAUAAUUCGAUCCACUGCGUCGGUUUUUGAUUUAUUUCUUGGUUAAUCGAAUUUGUGUGCGAAUUAAGUUUGAAAGCUUUUGGUUAUUUGCUUUGACCCUGGUCGGGUACAUAAACAUCUACUGGCCGUCCGUCACGCUAUAUAUCUUUAUAUGUAACUGAUGUAGACAGUGAGUGUCCUUCGAUUUCCUUUUUCUUUCUUUUGUGGUGAUCUGUUCAAUUCAUGGUGUCAUACUGUAAUAACGACAUAAUAAAGAUAUAUCAUAUAUUCAUGACUACUUAUUUCUUCUUUA